AUGACCACUCCAGACGGUACUCCUUUGGUUGCUGUUUCCAAGACUCCUACUACCAAGACCUUCAACGCGGACGCUUCUUCUUCUUCUCCUUCGAACGUCACUUCUGACUUUAGCGAUGACCAGUCCACUCAGACGACUCAUGCAGCUGCUAGAAUCAAGACUUUCCUUUCAGCGACUUUCUCCUGGGGUACUUCGGCCCCAGCAGCCUCCUCUGCUUCUGCUGCCGCUAAGACUCCUGCUGUCGAGCCGGAAGAUGAUGAAACUGGUGAAGUCAUUGCCACGCCUGCUGAUAACGGUGCCGAGUACCUGUCUCCUGUCACCAUUGGUGGCCAACAACUCAACCUGAACUUUGAUACAGGCUCUGCAGACCUAUGGGUAUUCAGUACUGCCCUUACUAGCGACGAGAUUGGAGAGCACAGCGCCUACGAUCCUUCCAAGAGCUCAACCUACCAGGAGCUUAGAGGUUACACUUUCAGCCUUUCUUACGGUGAUGGUAGCGGUGCAGCAGGAACUGUGGGUUGCGAUACUGUUGAUAUUGGUGGCGCUACUGUCACUCGUCAAGUCAUCGAAUUGGCCACUUCUGUCUCUAGCGCCUUUGUCUCGGAUGCCGACUCGGACGGUCUCGUGGGCCUUGCGUUUUCGACCGUCAACUCUGUCUCGCCCGAUUCACAGAAGACCUUCUUCGAUAACAUCAUGUCUGAGUUGGCUCAGCCAGUCUUUACAGCUGCUCUGGAUCUCGACGGUAGUGGAACAUACGAAUUCGGUACCAUCGAUUCAUCCAAGUUUACCGGCGACUUGAUGUUCACCAACGUCAACGCGAGCUCUGGCUUCUGGCAGAUUGAUAGCAACAGUUACAGCAUUGGUGGUCGCACUUACCAGAGAAGCAGCGCUACACCUGCCAUUGUUGAUACUGGUACCAGUCUGUUGCUGCUUGACCCCGAGGUUGUUCGUGCAUACUACGCUCAAGUCCCGAGUGCCAAGUACGACAGCACCGUUGGUGGGUAUACUUAUGAUUGUUCAGAGGACUUGCCCGAGUUCGCCGUAGCUGUUGGAGACAAUUACAUGGCCAACAUCCCUGGUUCAGGCAUCACAUUUGCGCCAGUCAGCUCAAAGACGUGCUUUGGUGGAAUACAGAGCAACUCGGGCAGCGAUCUGCAAAUCUUUGGUGACGUUCUUCUCAAACAUCACUUUGUCGUGUUCCAUGGCGAGUCGGAGCUUCUAGGUAUGGCUGCCAAGGCCGAGUAA